GGUUUUUGAGGUUAUUUUAUACAAGAGGUUAAUUUACAAUUUCUCAAAAUAUUAUUAGACGUAAAUAAGCUACAAAAUGAAGAGAUCAUAUUCUAAACGAGAAAGAGAUGGUUAUGAACGUUAUAAAUAUCAUUCUAGAGAUCGAAACCGUGAACGCAAUCGUGAUCGAGAUCGAGAUCAAGAACGUGAUCGAGAUCGGUAUUAUUAUGAAGAUAGAAAUAAUAAAAAGACUUUUUCCUCUAAAAAAAAUCAUAAUGCUGAGGAAUCCAGCAUGGAAGUGCAAUUAUAUGACCGACAUGAGUUAAGAAGAUCAAGAGAUCAUGAAAAAGAGAAUAAAAAAAGAACAGAGAAAAAUAAAAUAACAGAUAAAGAAAUGGGAAGGAAGCAAGAAUCAAAUGCUUCUGAUGAAGCAAUUGAAAGGCAAAAUCGAACAGUUGAAUUAUUGACAUCAAGAACAGGUGGUGCUUACAUACCUCCAGCAAAAUUACGUAUGAUGCAAGCAGAAAUUACUGAUAAAUCAGGAGCUGCAUAUCAACGUAUUGCAUGGGAGGCACUUAAGAAGUCUAUACAUGGUUACAUUAAUAAAGUUAACAUUAGUAAUAUUGGGCUUAUAACCCGAGAACUUUUAAAAGAGAAUAUUGUUAGAGGUAGAGGAUUACUUGCCAGGUCUAUUAUUCAAGCUCAAGCAGCAUCACCAACCUUCACAUCUGUUUAUGCAGCCCUCACUGCAAUUAUUAAUUCUAAAUUUCCUAAUAUUGGGGAAUUGAUAUUAAAGCGUCUUGUAAUACAGUUUAAACGAGGUUUUAGAAGAAAUGACAAACCUUUGUGCAUAUCUUCUGGCACAUUUAUAGCACAUUUAGUAAAUCAAAGAGUGGCACAUGAGAUUUUAGCUUUAGAAAUUUUGACUUUAUUAGUGGAGACACCAACAGAUGACUCUGUAGAAGUUGCAAUUGCAUUUUUAAAAGAAUGUGGCAUGAAAUUAACAGAAGUUUCUAGGAAGGGUAUUGAAGCUAUAUUUGAAAUGUUACGAAAUAUAUUACAUGAAGGACAGUUAGAUAAAAGAGUUCAAUACAUGAUUGAAGUUAUGUUUCAAGUUCGGAAAGAUGGAUUUAAGGAUCAUGAAGCUGUUCCAGAAGAACUUGAUCUUGUGGAGGAAGAGAAUCAGUUUACUCAUUUAAUAACAUUAGAUGAAGCAACAGAUGCUCAAGAUAUAUUAAAUGUUUUUAAGUUUGAUGCAGAAUAUGUCAAUAAUGAAGAUAAAUAUAAACAAUUAAGUAAAGAAAUAUUAGGGUCUGAUAUCAGUGGUACAGAAAGUGAAGAAGAUGAUGAUGAAGAUGAAAGUUCUGAUGAAGAUAGUAGCACUGCUGUAGCAGAAGAAAAAGAAGAUGUAAUUGUAGAUAAUACAGAAACAAAUUUGACUGCUCUUAGAAGAACAAUAUAUUUAACAAUACAUUCGUCACUUGAUUUUGAGGAGUGUGCUCAUAAACUAAUGAAAAUGCAACUAAAACCUGGUCAGGAAACCGAACUUUGUCAUAUGUUUUUAGAUUGUUGUGCAGAAAUGAGAACAUAUGAAAAAUUCUUUGGAUUAUUAGCUGGUCGGUUCUGUGCUAUUAAUAAAAUAUAUGUAACACCAUUUGAGCAAAUUUUUCAGGAUUCAUAUCAUACAAUCCACCGUUUAGAUACAAAUAAGUUACGUAAUGUAUCUAAAUUUUUUGCUCAUUUGUUAUUUACUGAUUCUAUAUCAUGGGAAGUAUUAUCUUGUAUAAAAUUAACUGAAGAAGAUACAACAAGUUCUAACAGAAUAUUUAUUAAAAUCUUGUUUCAAGAACUCUCUGAAUAUAUGGGGCUAUCUAAGCUUAAUCUACGUGUGAAAGAUGUUACAUUACAACAUGCAUUUGAAGGACUGUUUCCUAGAGACGAUCCUAAAAACACUCGUUUUGCAAUAAACUUUUUUACAUCUAUAGGUUUGGGUGGACUUACAGAUGACUUAAGGGAGCAUUUAAAAUCCCAUCCAAAACCUGUUAUAAUACCUGCAUUAGAACAAAAAAUUGAAAGUGCUUCAGAUUCUUCACCGGAUUCUUCUCUUUCUAGUUCAAGCAUAUCAUCAUCAUCAUCGUCCUCCUCCUCAAGCAGUUCAAGUUCUGAUGAUUCUGAUUUAUCUUCAGAUGAAGAAUUAAAAAGGGGAAAAAAAAAAUUAAAUAAAGAACGAAGAAAGAAGCAAAUGAUGAAAGAAAACAAAAAGAAACAUAAAAAAAAAGAAAAACCCAAAAAAGCAAAAAACAUAUUUAUUUAUCUCUUGCUGGUGAUCGUCAUAGUGAACGACAGUAACGACAACAGUGGUGUCGGUGGUAGUGACAGUGGCGACGACGGUGGCGGUGACUGUGACGGCGGCGGCAGCGACAGUGGUGGUAGAAAUAGCUGUGGCGGUGGCGGUGGCGGUCGAAUGGCGGUCGUGGUGGCGAUCGUGAUAACGACUGUAGCGACGCUAUAUUAUGAAUCGUACAAAAUAGCGUGGUAUGUCACAAGUUGUCUCGAAAAUUUCAUACAACGAUCGAACCUAUUAUCUUCUCGAAUCUUUUCACGUACAAUACAAAUAAUGGAGACGCUAUUGCCCGGCAAUACGAAUAGUCAAUCGUAUAGCCCGCAACUAAAGACCGUCUUGAAGACAUAUCAGCUAUCUGCUGUGAAAAGUUUACAGGGUCCGAGUUCGGCCCUGCUUGGUAUGGACUGCAAAAGUCUAUUGCAAGAGCAAACACCUUGUUACUCUCCUUCAAAUCGAUCGAGUAAUUGUGUCAUUGAUUCUGCAUCAGAACAUAUUUCUACAAAAGAUACUGAAAAGGAUAAUACGUCAAUAACACCUAUCACUCCUUGCAAAAUUCGCAGAGCAGAACAACCACUGGAAGAUUCGGACGAAGAUCCGCAAUUAGAACGAUCGAAAAACGUUUGCGAAAAGAGAGAGUUAGAAUUUCAAAUACCUAUUUUAACAGCACCCGACCAAAGUUGCUCUGAAAGAUGCGAAACGAUUUUAGAAGGCGAAAGAAUAUCGUGUUUUGUUGUAGGAGGUGAAAGGAGGUUAUGUUUACCACAGAUAUUAAAUACAGUCUUGCAAGAAUUUUCCCUUCAGCAGAUUAAUCAAGUUUGCGAUGAAUUACAAAUUUAUUGCUCACGAUGUACACGAGAUCAGUUAGAAGAACUUAAGCAUUCAGGAAUUCUGCCGCGUAAUGCUCCUUCCUGUGGCCUUAUCACUCAAACAGAUGCCGAAAGGCUUGUCAGUGCUUUACUUUUACGGACAGAAUCAUGUGAUCCCUCUCAAAUUGGUCAAAACCAAGAUAGUAUUGAAAAGAAAGUGUGUACUAAGAAUGAUAAUGAUGAAGAAUCCAUUAUCAAAUUUAAGGUGUAUCAUGAGUGUUUUGGAAAAUGUAAAGGCAUUUUUGAUGCAAAUUUAUUUGAAUCUGAUGAUUCGGUGUGCAUAGAGUGUAUCGAAUGUGGCUGCCAAUUCUCGCCUCAACGUUUUGUUAGACAUGCUCAUAGAUCUCUUGAAAAUCGUACCUGUCAUUGGGGCUUUGAUUCUGCAAAUUGGCGAUCAUAUCUAUUACUUUCACGAGAUCAAGAACAUUAUAAUAAAUCACUUACUUUAUUUCGAGAAUUAAAGGAAAAACAUUUUACAUUGGGUUCCAAGCGAAAAUCAGAGUUGCGGCAUGAUUCAGAAAAAUUAAAACGAAUUAGAAAGGAUAUAGGAAGAGAAGAUUGUCCAGGACUUUAUAAUGGAAAUGGCUUAGGCAUGUACCAUCCUGUAUCUCAAGUAGCAAAUGCAACUGAUCCAUAUCUACAAAUGCAAUGGGCAGUAUUUGAAUUAGCAGCUAGAGGAGCAUCAGCUUUUAGACCAUGGAAUACCACAAAUACUUGCAAGCAUAAGGAUAAUUCAUCAUUGGUGCCUGCAUACCUUAGUCGUGGUCCACCUGUACUACAACAUCCAGAACGUGUGGUUCCCCUUUCUGAAUGCAAACGUUUUGAACCACAUUUUCAACCAAAUGUAGCCUUAGCACCUAUACCUGCACCAUCAGUGCCUGUAGUACUUCCACCAUCAGCUCACCAUCAGCGACGGCAUCAUCAUGAACAUAAACGUUAUAAUCAUCACUCAUCAAAUUGUAAUGAAAAAAAAGAAGCUUCAUCAGAUAGUGUCAAACCUGAGAAAACAUCUCCUAGUUCUGGAUCUACUAUUAGCGUAUAUUCUGCAUUCCCUUCUUAUGCACCUGGAAGCAAUCAAAAAGAACUGCCUCAGAAAAAUAAACACGAAAUGGGUGAAGAAGAAGAAAGUAGUGCUGCUGUAACAUCUUCUACAAUAAAUAUAGAACCGCCUUCGGCUGAAAUUGGAACAUCUUCACUAGAAAGUGAUUCUGAUUCUGAAGGAACGGCAGCAAUAGAUUUGGAAGAAAGGUUAUUAGCCCUAGAAGUACCGCAGGAUGUUCUGGAACUAGCGCGGCGCAUAGUUUCAGAAAAUGCACAAUUACGACGUCAUCGACGUUCGGACGCACGUGAAAUAUCACGAUUACGUAAUCAAUUACAAAUGCAGCAAAUACAAUCAUCUAAUGAUGGCGAUAAAAAGGAGGAACCAGCAAAUGCAGCAAGUGCAGCAGAUAGUACAGAAGGUAGUGAAGAAACAGAAGCUAUAUUACCAUCAAAUAAUAAAGAGUCUGAACCUGUUGUUUUAGCUGUUAGUAAAGAAUAA